AUGGACGCCAAGGACUACUCACCGGCUUACGAGGAGACCUUGCCCGUGCUCACUCGGCCGUCGGCUGCGGCUUGGUCGGCCGAUCCGAUCCACCCGGACCCCUUCGCAGCUCCCAACCCAAUCUACGUGGAUCCCGGUACGACAGCUAUACCGAAUUCACAGUCUUCAAAGCCUCCCACCCCUCCGACUCCAGCGCCUCACCCAGCUCCUCCAGCGCUAGCCUCCAGUCGUCAUGCACCCGCCCGGGUCCGCAAACCCCGCAAGAACGCCAACCAUGCGUCUGCGGGGAAAUCGACGCUAUUCUGGGUCAAUAGCGAUCAGCAAACGGCGGCGGCGGGCACGACAGAUGAAACAUUGAAGCGCAUUCGAUCUCAUGUGAUGUCCGAGCAUAAUCGCAAGAAGCGAAUGGAGAGCACGGAACAGUAUAAUAACAGCAAAUGGAAACAACCAGCUUAUCCGUCGCCGACCUCCGUCGAUGCACUCGUACCUGCCAGAUCUGGCCGGCUGUCAGUCAGCACAUCGGCCAGUGUGUCGGGAAGUCAAUACUCGGAAGAGCAAGGAACAGAGGAAGUUGAGGAGAUGGUGACCUCAACGUCUGUGGGAUACCCUGUUAUGCCGGUCGCGUCAUAUGAUGACAGUGAAAUCAGGAUGCUAGCCUGCGUUCCUAGCCCCUCUAUUUGGUCUUACCUUGGGCAGGGAGCUAAUGAUCCCUUUGAGACUGGACAUACGCCACUUACACCUCGAAUGAUGCGACACCUGCGAGUCUUUCUCCAUGAUCUCACGCAAGCAGCGCACCCUUUACAAACGCGAUACAAACCUAAGCUGCAGGCACAUUGGGCAUCCUUGAUCCAGCGCGACCCGGCUAUUCUGCACGCCACGAUAUGUAUGGCUUCGUCCAAUGAUGCCAUGCAUGCAGGCGAACUACCCAUCCGAGAUCCAAAUCAGAAGCGAAGUCAAUUGGUGAUUGACACGUUUCAUCACCGUGGUGAAACUAUACGCCUGGUGAAUGAGGGCCUAUCAGACCCGGUCAAGGCUUCCAGUGAUGCCUUGAUUGCUGCGGUUUCAACCUUGUUGACAAUUGAAAUCGCAUCGGGGAAUCCCGAUUAUCUCAAAAUCCAUCUGGCAGGUUUGCGACAGAUGAUCGCCCUGCGAGAGAAUUUCGACGACGUGCCUUCAGACAUACGGUUUCAGAUAUCAUGGACCGACAUCCGAGUGGCUUGCAUGGCCCUCGCCAGACCUAUAUUCCCCUUUAUCCGCUACACCCGCCCAGUGCGAUUCUCUCUCGUUGCACCCAACGACGACGUAGCAUUACUAGCCACCCGUCUCCUACCUCUACUCAAAAUCCCCGGCCUCUUCAGCGGACCCAUGCAGCAAAUUGUAUAUGACCUUCUUGAAUUAUCCUGGUACGCCGAGUGGAUCAAAGGCACCACCGGUUACAAAGAAUUCAACGAAGAAACCGAGGACUAUUUCAAUACCGAAGUCCUGCACGUAGAGUACCAGCUGCACUCAGACCGAUACACAGCAACCGGCCAAGUAAAGGGCGACGACACCAUCGAGGGCAGCACCCGGCUUGCUCUACUGCUCUUCCACAACAGCGCUAUCUGGAACUUCUACCCCAUGGUUGCCCAAUUACUGCCCAAGCCAAUCCAAGCUCUGCGCAUCGCCCUCGAGGCAACCAUCCCGACGGGCCUAUUCGGGCUAUGCGGCGACCUGCUCCUCUGGCAGCUAUUCAUGGGCGCAGCUUGCAGUCUACUGCUGCCGUCGGAACGAGCAUUUUUCAUCUCUGAGCUGGCGAAAGCCGCGCAGAUGCAGGGUAUCAGCUCUUGGCAGGAUAUGCGCGCUGUGUUGUUGGGCUUUUUCUACGUCGAUCGCAUCCAUCUGCCUAUGCUUCGUCAGGUUUGGGACGAAUGUCAGUUACAGAUGAAAGUCUUAGCAUGA